AUACCGGUUCAGAUUACAUCAAUGCAUGCCCAGUUAAUAUUCGUCUUGGACUUUAACGAUCAGAAGAUUUUAAAAUAACUAUUGUUCCUUCUUGUAUAUAUAUUCUAUAAGGUCAUCAAUUAUGGAGUCAGAAAGGCUUCCUGAUGGCCGUAUAGACUUGUCAAAGCCCCGGUAUGAUCAGAGCACCUACAUGGGAAGAGCUAAACACUUCUUUACUGUGACUGAUCCAAGAAAUCUUCUUCACUCAGAGAAAGAACUUGAUGACAUGAAACAAUUACUGAUAAAAUAUAGACGRGGAGAAGAACCAGCCGGAACUACAGAUGAGCAAAUAUGGCGAGCAAAGAAACUCUUUGAAUCUGCUUUUCAUCCAGACACUAAAGAGAAGAUGCUUUUGAUUGGUCGAAUGUCAGCYCAGGUGCCGAUGAACAUGACAAUCACUGGAUGUAUGAUGACUUUUUACAAGACCACCCCACAAGUUCUCUUUUGGCAAUGGAUCAAUCAGUCCUUUAAUGCAAUUGUCAAUUACACAAACAGAAGUGGAGACUCACACGUAUCUAAUAAAGAGCUUGGUAUAGCAUACACAUGUGCUACAACUGGUGCUAUAUCUGUCGCACUUGGUUUGAAUUACUUGACUAGGAAUGCACCACCUCUUAUUGGACGAUUUGUACCUUUUGCUGCUGUAGCUGCUGCCAACUGUCUCGUAGUCCCCUCGACCGCGAGGUCUAAUUGUUAAAUAUACUCUUUCAUCAGAGAAAUUCGUCAUGGGAUCCCUGUUACAGAUAAAGAUGGUAAUAGAAUAGGUGAYUCACAGAGAGCUGCAGAGAAGGCUAUUAGCAGUGUUGUGUUAUCAAGAAUAGGCAUGGCUGCCCCUGGAAUGUUUUUACCACCGUUUGUAAUGAAUUAUUUGGAUACCAAGCCAUUUAUGAAGAGAUUUCCUAUCCUAGCUUCUCCAAUACAAGUCAUGCUUGUUGGCCUAUGUCUCGUCUUUGCAACUCCUCUAUGCUGUGCAAUCUUUCCUCAGCAAAGUUCUCUCAAAGUCAGCCAUCUUGAGCCCCAUCUACGAGAAAUAAUCAAAGACAAAUAUGGUGACUCGUUAGAUCAUGUAUAUUUUAACAAAGGGCUUUAAAUAAAGAAUGAAGCAUCAAAUGAACUGGACCAGCAAGCUAGUGCUUGUCUGCAAAAGUAAUAUGAAUUUUUAGCUUUUUAUCUUGAAUUAUUUAUUGACUUUUUUAAGAAUUUUAAACGGAGUAAACGUGGCUGAAGUACAUCGACGUCAAAUGUAGUGUUCUUGGUCGAGGUGAUACAAUGUAAGAGUCAAAUGGAAAUAAAGGAUUUUAUAAACAGUUA